CAUCGUAAUGGAAAAAAGUUGAGAAGGAAGGAAUAUUGCGUUUCGCCUUUUGCUGUUUCGCGUUUGUGUAUAAGCCGAGCUCUAAUUUUCAGUGUCAAAUAUUGUUUCAACAUUAAGAAUUUCGAAUAAAAUAUUGGAGUCUACAAGUAAUAUAAUGUGUGCAACUAGAUCAACUAAUAUAGACAAUUCAGAACUUAAUGAGAUGCCACAACAUAUUAUUGAACAAACAAAGAACACAGAUAUAAAUAUGGAAAUAUCUGAUGAUGAAUCCACUGUAACUAUUGGUGAAUUAAGUGUUGAUGAAUAUUAUGAUGACAUAAUACAUGGUAGACAGCUUGUACAUGCAGAAUUAUAUUGCGCUGAUCAAAAUGAAAAAAGUGAAUCAUCUAACAUUGUCAAUAGUGUUAACAAUGAGGAUAGUGAUGAGGACAGUGAUUAUGAUGAAGAAAAUCUUGAAGGAGAAGCUUUGAUCGUCAAUGAUAUACAAUUGUCAUUACCAACUGUCGCACAAGUAAAUAGACACAAUCGUGCCCACAUUCGUGAAAAUGCUCAUGAUCAUACAAAUAACCAAGUACAUGGUCAAGCACGUGAAAAUACUCAUGUACAACCCACACAUAAUCAAAAUUAUGUACACACUCUUAAAAACACAGUUUGUCAUAGACAAGCAUGCAAUAAUUUAGUUAUGCCUAUCAAGCCCAAACCUCGUAAUAAACCAAGGGCUGCAGCUAUUGAAGCAGCAGCAAAAAUUGCUAAAGCUAGUACCAAAAAGAAAAACAUUCAUAGAAAGAUAAAUAGUACUAAAAUAUAUUAUUCUUGUGGCCAUCGUGAAAAAAUUGGUGGUACUCCAUUGAAAUUUAUUGGUAUAAAAACUCCAAUGAUUAUGAAAGAAUCUCGUAUAUUGGAUGAACGCUUAAUGAAAACUACAUUUUUUCUUUUAAAAUUACCAGCUUCUCUUACAGUCCAUCAAAUUUUAAGUGAUUUCCAAAGAAAGGCAAAUGUGCGUCCAGAAGUUAUGAAUCUCAUAUUUACUGCUUUUAACUAUGCUUUAUCUGCAUGGUGUUUAUACUUCAUUGAAAAACGGCAAUAUAAUAAAAUUGUUAAAAAGUAUCCCAAUCGUCAAAUGUCUGAAUUAUAUGGUUUAGCUCAUCUUUUCAGGUUUAUUGCCACUCUUCCAAGGUUGUAUCAUCAAAUGAGACCUUAUCGCUCUGAAUUUUGCGUACAUGUUACUGAAUUCAUGAAUAAAUUAAUGGACUAUUUGGUCGAGGAGAACUUACAAGUUGAUAUUGAGAAUGACUAUGAACAUGCAAAGCCUGAAUAUCAUCGAUUGACUUAUUGGUCUAUUCGUAAUCAGAGGUAGAUGUUGAUGAGUAUAUAAUUAAUUUAAAAAUCUCAUGAUAAAUAAACAUUAAUAUCACUGUUAUAAUAUUUUCAAUAAUUUAUUUAAAAAAAAUAAUUAUAAAACUAUUACAUUUAAUACUUAU